CCGGGCCUAGUCACGGACGGAGGCGGCGGGUGUCGAGUCGCGGGUUGGUCUGUGUUGGCGCCCGGGCGUUUGCUCGCAGCACGCGAUGCGGGCCGUGCCCACCUGGAUAGACAGGGUCCACGACCGGGAGAAGGUCGAGCAGUGUAUCUACGACCUUGCAUUCAAACCGGAUGGAACCCAGCUGAUAGUCGCAGCAGGGAACCGAGUUUUGGUAUAUGAUGCGUCUGAUGGAACUCUCAUUCAACCACUUAAGGGACACCGGGACACAGUGUACUGUGUUGCCUAUGCUAAAGAUGGUAAGCGUUUUGCAUCAGGUUCUGCUGACAAGAGCAUCAUUAUCUGGACCUCGAAGUUGGAAGGCAUUUUAAAAUACACGCAUAAUGAUUCCAUUCAAUGCAUUGCUUAUAACCCAGUCACUCACCAGCUGGCUUCAUGUUCCUCCAGUGAUGUUGGUUUGUGGUCACCAGAGCAGAAAUCCGUCUCCAAGCACAAAGUAAACAGCAAAGUCACCUGCUGCGGUUGGACCAAUGAUGGACAGUACCUGGCAAUCGGGCUGUUUAGUGGUGUAGUGAGUAUCCGAAAUAAGAGUGGAGAAGAGAAAGUCAGAAUUGAGCGACCCGGUGGUUCCCUCUCUCCUAUCUGGUCGAUUUGCUGGAAUCCAUCCAAGGAGGAACACAAUGACAUUCUUGCUGUGGCAGACUGGGGUCAAAGACUGUCCUUCUACCAACUGAGUGGCAAACAGAUUGGGAAAGACAGAGCACUGAAUUUUGACCCUUGCAGUGUCAGUUAUUUCUCCAAGGGAGAAUAUAUAAUAAUGGGAGGAUCCGAUAAGCAAGUCUCUUUGUACACCAAGGAUGGGGUGCGUCUCGGUACUGUUGGAGAACAACAAUCUUGGGUGUGGACCUGCAAGGUCAAGCCGGACUCCAAUUAUGUCGUUGUGGGCUGUCAGGAUGGGACCAUUGCCUUUUACCAAAUCGUUUUUAGCACAGUCCAUGGUUUGUAUAAGGACCGCUAUGCUUACAGGGAAAGUAUGACCGACGUCAUUGUUCAGCACCUCAUCACUGAACAGAAAGUGCGGAUCAAAUGCAGGGAACUAGUGAAGAAGAUUGCUAUAUAUAAGAACCGAUUGGCAAUACAGCUGCCAGAAAAAAUACUGAUUUACGAGCUAUUUUCAGAAGAUAAUACUGACAUGCAUUACCGGGUGAAAGAGAAGAUUGCUAAAAAAUUUGAAUGCAACUUGUUAGUUGUGUGCUCUCAGAAUGUUAUCUUGUGCCUGGAGAAGAGACUGCAGUGUUUGUCAUUCAAUGGUGUGAAAGAGAGGGAAUGGCUCAUGGAAUCGCUCAUCCGUUAUAUUAAAGUCAUCGGAGGACCAUCAGGAAGAGAGGGCCUCUUAAUUGGUCUAAAGAAUGGCCAGAUUCUCAAAAUAUUUGUAGACAAUCCCUUCGCCAUUGUGUUGCUCAAGCAAGCGACAUCUGUACGCUGCCUAGACAUGAGUGCAUCUCGCAAUAAACUAGCAGUGGUUGAUGAACACAACACCUGCUUGGUGUAUGACAUCAGUAGCAAAGAAUUACUUUUCCAGGAGCCCAACGCUAACAGUGUAGCUUGGAACACCCAAUGUGAGGACAUGCUCUGUUUCUCUGGUGGUGGUUUUCUCAACAUCAAAGCCAGUAAUUUUCCGGUCCACCAACAGAAGCUUCAAGGUUUUGUCGUGGGCUACAAUGGGUCCAAGAUUUUUUGCCUGCACGUGUAUGCCAUGUCUGCAGUGGAGGUCCCACAGUCUGCGCCCAUGUACCAGUACCUGGAAAAGAAGAUGUUUAAGGAAGCCUAUCAAAUUGCCUGUUUAGGAGUAACGGAAAAUGAUUGGCGAGACCUGGCCAUGGAAGCCUUGGAAGGAAUGGACUUUGAUAUUGCUAAAAAGGCAUUUAUCAGAGGUCGAGACCUCCGCUAUCUAGAACUUAUUAGCACAAUUGAGGAGCGUAAAAAGCGUGGUGAGAAUGACAACGAGCUGUUUUUAGCAGACGUGUGUGCCUACCAGGGCAAGUUUCACGAGGCAGCCAAACUGUACAAGAAGACAGGAAACGAUAGCAGAGCGCUGAACAUGUACACUGAUCUGCGCAUGUUUGAGUACGCGAAGGAUUUCCUCGGCUCAGGCGAUCCCAAAGACACCAAGAUGUUGAUCACUAAACAAGCAGACUGGGCCAGGAAUAUCCAUGAACCAAAGGCAGCAGCAGAGAUGUACCUUUCUGCUGGGGAGCAUCUGAAAGCUAUCGAGAUCAUCGGUGAUCAUGGCUGGGUCGAUAUGUUAAUCGACAUAGCUCGAAAACUGGACAAGGCUGAGCGGGAGCCCCUAUCAAGAUGCGCUUAUUUCUUUAAGAGUCUGCAGCAUCCUGGCUAUGCUGCAGAGACAUACUUGAAGAUGGGGGACCUGCAAGCCCUGAUCCUGUUACAUGUAGAAACACAGCAUUGGGAGGAGGCUUUCUCUUUGGUGGAAAAACACCCGGAAUUCAAAGACGACGUGUAUGUGCCGUACGCGCAGUGGCUCGCGGAAAACGAUCGGUUCGAAGAAGCCCAGAAAGCGUUCCACAAGGCUGGGCGUCAGGAUGAAGCCGUCAAAGUCCUAGAGCAGCUCACCCACAACGCAGUGGUAGAAAGCCGGUUCAAUGACGCUGCCUAUUACUAUUGGAUGCUGUCCAUGCAGUGUCUGGACAUAGCUCGGGAAAAAGAGGAGAAGCAACAAGAGAUGCUGAAAACGUUUCAUCAUUUCCAGCGCUUGGCUGAGCUGUACCAUGCCUACCACUCAAUCCAGAGAUACACGGACGAGCCUUUCAGUUCUCAUUUACCUGAAGCACUCUUCAACAUUUCCCGAUUUCUGCUCCACAAUCUUACUAAAGAAACUCCUUUAGGCAUCUCCAAAAUCAACACUCUGUACGCUUUGGCCAAGCAAAGCAAAGCGCUGGGCGCCUUCAAACUUGCCCGCCACGCGUACGACAAGCUGCAGGGCUUGAGGAUUCCAUCCAGGUUCCAGGAGUCGAUCGAGUUGGGCAGCCUGACGAUUCGAUCCAAGCCGUUUCAUGACAGUGAGGAGUUUGUGCCUAUGUGCUAUAGGUGCUCAACGAACAAUCCUCUGCUGAACAAUCAGGGAAAUGUGUGCAUCAAUUGUCGGCAACCCUUCGUCUUCUCUGCUUCCUCUUACGAGGUGCUGCCACUUGUUCAGUUCUACCUGGAUGAAGGCAUUACAGAUGAGGAGGCCGUGGCACUUAUUGACCGUGAAGUGCCCAGAGCAGAGGCAAAAAAGGACGGCUGGCUUGAAAACAACAGUGCUGAUGUACAGACACUAAGGCUUGAGGAUAACAUGACCAAGGUUCAGACAGACCCGUUCACUGCAAAACUGAGUUUUGAGCAAGGAGGCUCUCAGUUUGUCCCCGUGAUCGUGAACAGGACAGUGCUGCAGUCAAUGAGCAGAAGGGAUGUUCUAAUCAAACGCUGGCCAAAGCCACUAAAAUGGCACUAUUAUCGAUCGUUGCUACCUGACGUGUCCAUCACAAUGUGCUCUUCCUGCUUCCAGAUGUUUCACAGUGAAGACUAUGAACUACUGGUUCUUCAGCACAACUGCUGUCCUUACUGCUGCAGACCGAUAGAUGAGUGAUGGUAUGGCAAGAAAAAGAAUCUUCUUACCUUUCCUUAUGCCGGCUGCUCAGUGUGAAAAUCUCGGGCUUCAGAAUUGUUUCAGAACGUUGAUGGUUUGUAACAGCCGUUGAUCAUUUUGGGAGCUGCUCAUGUUAUACCAUGGAAUUCGCACAGUUGAGUUUUUUGCCUUCCAGGACAGGUUCGCCUGCGUGCGUGGAAUUACAGGCAUUUUGAUCACAUACCCAGGCUUCCACUAGGAUUUUAUGAAAUGAACUUCAUAACUUCCGGGUGUCCUGUUUUCCCAAAAUAUUGCAUUUUACAACACAAUUGAGUGUUUUUAAGUAUAACGCAGGAAAAUAGAGCAAUAAAGUGCGUGCCUCACAUUCUGGGUUCAUAGAGGGAGAGAGGGUGGAAUUAGUUGAAUAAAAUUGGCAAAUAUAAUAGCUGUAUAAUCUAACAUAUAUUACCAUAGAAAUGCACAGCAAGUUGAUCAGCAUCAGAAAACCAAAUAGCUUAAGAGUUUGUCUAACCAACUUCUGCUGGGUGUUCUCUCCCCCAGUGUUAGCCUCACUCUCUCUCUCUCAUUACUGAUUGAUGUGUGUCAUGUUUUCACCAUUUCACUGUUGUCUAUUUCAGAUUUCCAGCAUUUCUAGCUCGUUUCGCGUCUCCUUCACGCCACAUUCUUAGUUUCAUUGUGCUGGGCUGAAAGCGAGUAUGUUUGUCCUACGACCAAUAUAUUUUUCGACUGACCAAAACUGCUUAUUCCAAUAGUAAUUCCUCAUAAUUCACAGGUGUUUGAGUAUGGGAAGGUGGGGUCAGCUGAGCUGCAUAUGUAACACGCUGACUAGAUAUUCUGUACCUCGCUGACAGCCACAAAUAGGAGCUACGUGUUUUCGGUUUUAUUUUAGGUUCCAACAAAUAUUGAACCAUCAUCCAAACCUCACAGGGCAGGAGGUCAGUCAGCAAAGUAUUUUUAAAUUCUUCCACUUCUCUGUCUCUUUUUCAAAAAAAAAAUUGCAACCUAUUUUACAGCAAUAUCAGGUCAACGACAACGUGCAUUUAUAUAGCGCCUCUCAUGCAGGAAAGGGUCCCAGGUUGUGUAUAUUUCCUGCAAUCAAGCAAUGAAAUCAUCGCUAUGAGUGUGUGAGGGAACCUCAGUCUUAUUAUACUGAUGCAGUUUAAGCAACACACAAGUUUCCAUAUCGGUUGCAAGAAAAAUAAUCCACCUCAUUUUCCACCGUUGCACCAUUCAUUCCCAGGAAUGCCAUCCCUCUGAAGGUUUCCGUUGUUCAAAUUGACACUAAUCAGAAUCUCUUUAGCUAAUGAUAAUAAUAAUAAUUAGUGCCUGUCAGCGAGUUGCAAGGUAGUAAUUCAAUCAAAUGGUCCAAAUGAUGUCAGAAAGAACUUUCAUUUUGAUAGCGCCUCAUCAGGUCAAAGUCUCAAAGUUCUUGGCAACUAAUUACUGUCCAGUGUAUUGGCUAUUUUUAAGGCAAACAUGGUAGGUAGGUUGCACAAACCGACAGGAGGUUCAAUGCCCAAUUAACUUGGCAGGUCUUUGGCGCAGACACUCGGUAGAAAGUUCCUUCUCUUCAAGUUGUGCCACAAGAUAUGAUUCAUCUACCUCAACAGACCAAUGGGACCUUGCUUAACGAUUUAUGUGACAGAUGUCAAAGCAAUGAUCCCCCAGUCCUGCAUACAUUGCAUCCCAAAACUUGCAGUCCCCCAAAAAUAGCCACAAGCUUGAUACAUCGCCUAUAUAUAUAUAUAUAUAGUGUAUAGUUUAUAAAAAAUAAUGUCCAUUUCAGCCUUACCGUUUUUGCACUGAACCUGAUAAUCAAUCUGAUGGGGAUGUAGGUGCUGAUGGUAGAGAUCAUCCCUUGACUGGUACGGUGGUGAUUAUCGAGGCAUAAACUACACACUAUGUAUCGUACUUGUAUAAAUUUGUUCAAAGUGGUUUGCUAUAUUUAUACGUCCUGUUUCAGGAAUAAAUGUACACUUUAUAUAAAAAAUGUUUUUUUUUGCUAUUUUUGUCCCAAGCGGCUAGCUUAUUAAUCUUUUCAGUCUCAUGUAUAUACAAGAAAUAAAGGUUGGUUUUGUUUUAA